AUGGCUUCCCUUGCUUCCUCUCUGAAAGAUCCCAGCCUCGUUGUCGAGAAGGCCUACAUCGACGGCCAGUGGGUAGCAUCCGAGUCCAACAAGACCUUUGUGGUUCGCAACCCCGCCACUGAAGCGGUCAUUGGAUCGUGCCCAGAGUGCAGCACGGACGAUCUGAACGCCGCCGUGCGCGCCGCAUCCGCCGCAUUUCCCAGCUGGAGAGCGCAGUCCGGCCGGGCGCGCGGCCGCAUCCUCCGGAAAUGGUUCGACCUCAUCGUCGAGAACAAGGUCGACAUCGGCAAGAUGAUCACGGCCGAGAACGGCAAAGCCACGGGCGACGCCGAGGGCGAGGCGCUGUUCGCGUCGAGCUUCUUCGAGUGGUUCUCCGAGGAGGCGCCCCGGCUCUACGGCGACGUCGUCCCGCACAGCAACCCCAGCGCGCGGACGCAGAUCCUCAAGCAGCCCAUCGGCGUCUGCGGGCUCAUCACGCCCUGGAACUUUCCCCUGGCCAUGGGCGCCCGCAAGAUCGCCGCCGCCCUGGCCGCCGGCUGCACCGUCGUGCUCAAGCCGGACGGCCUCACGCCUUUUUCGUCCAACGCGCUCGCGGUGCUGGGCGAGCGUGCGGGCGUGCCAAAGGGCGUCUUCAACGUCGUCACGGCGCUCGACAACACGCCCCAGCUCGGCCUCGCCAUGUGCGAGUCCGACAUCAUCAAGAAGAUCUCCUUCACCGGCUCGACCCGCGUCGGCCGCCUCCUGAUGGCGCAGUCGAGCCAGUCGCUCAAGAAGCUCAGCCUCGAGCUAGGCGGCAACGCUCCCUUCAUCGUCUUCGACGACGCCGACGUUGAGACAGCCAUCACAAGCACGUUAAUCAGCAAGUUCAAGGUCACAGGCCAGACUUGCGUGUGCGCCAACCGUAUCUACGUGCAGAAUGGCAUCUACAACCGCUUCUGCCAGCGGCUGGUCGAGGAGGUCAAGAAGCUGCGUGUUGGUAAUGGGGCUCACGAAGGCGUCACACACGGCCCGCUGACGAUCGGUGUUGAGAAGACUGAGGACCACGUCCGCGACGCCGUCGGCAAGAAGGCUACUGUGUUGCUUGGUGGCAAGCGCCUACACAGCCUCGGGAAGAACUUCUUCGAACUGACCGUCCUCGGCGAUGUCGAUGACAGCAUGAAGGUCAUGCACGAGGAGACGUUCGGGCCCCUGGCUGCCGUGAGCAGGUUCGAGACGGAGGACGAGGUCAUCGAGCGCGCCAACAAGGUCGAUGUGGGCUUGGCCUCGUACGUCAUGACUUCCGACUUGUCGCGGUACUACCGCGUCUCCGAGAGGUUGGAGUUCGGCAUGGUUGCUAUCAACACUGGUGUCAUAUCAGACGCUGCAGCUCCAUUCGGCGGCAUCAAGCAAUCUGGCUUCGGCCGUGAAGCAAGCAAAUACGGAUGUGAUGAUUACUUAGUAUACAAGACCGUCAUUACAGGUGGCAUCAACACUGUUUACAGCAAAAUGUAG